AUGGGUUAUAUACUGAUUGCUUUAAGUAGAUCUAGUGAUCGUCCUCCUGGAGUUACAAAUUCUCAGUGUGUGUUUGGUUUCUUUAUAAGUAUAGCUUCUGCUGCAAUUUUCGGCUUUGUCAUAGUGAGCACCCAAGUUGCCUAUGACUUAUUCUAUUGUGCUGCAGUUUCAAGUUUGUGUGGCCUUCUUUGCUACAUUAACUUGCGCACUUGGAAGUCUGAUAAAUCAGGAUUUCACGAUGAUGUUUAUCGGGAGAGCAGGGAUUAUAUUUUGUACCUCCUCGCUGGAGUCAUGAGUGCCAUUUUUUCUACUCUUUCGCAGAUUGCAGCAGUGAUAGCUUUCCAUGAGAACUUCACAGGACAAGAAGGCUCUAACACUAUGGGGAUUCACUUCUUACUUUUAUGGUUCCUACAAGAAGACCAAGAAACCAAAGCCAGUAACCUCGUGAUUCAUGAAACAAAGAAACCCGUAUGA